GUCUGGGCACGUCCCCCGCGCCUCGCGGACCGCGCACGUCCCCGCUCUUAACCUCUGCCCGCCCGGCGCCAAGUUAAAGGCCGGGGCGGCGCGCGCUCCUGGAGGCGGGGAGUCGAGGCCCGGGCCCGAGCCCGCCGCCGCAGCCGAGCCGACCAUGACUUGCUACCGAGGCUUCCUGCUGGGCAGCUGUCGUCGCGUGGCGGGCGGCCGGGCGGCGGCGCUGCGAGGUUCGGGCGCGGGAGGCCCGGUCGCGCGGCCCCGGCUCGGCGGUGACGGAGGUGGCCGGCGUUCCCUGGGGCAGGGGCAGCCGCGCGAGCUGGCGGGCUGUGGGAGCCGCCCGGACGGCGGCUUCCGCCCCUCCCGGGUGGUGGUGGUAGCCAAGACCACCCGGUACGAGUUCGAACAGCAGCGGUACCGCUACGCGGAGCUCUCGGAGGAGGACCUGAAGCAGCUGCUUGCACUGAAAGGCUCCAGCUACAGUGGACUACUAGAACGACAUCAUAUUCACACCAAAAAUGUGGAGCACAUUAUAGACAGCUUGCGGAAUGAGGGUAUUGAAGUUCGUCUGGUGAAGAGGAGAGACUAUGAUGAAGAGACUGUCCGAUGGGCAGAUGCUGUCAUAGCUGCAGGAGGUGAUGGCACAAUGCUUCUUGCAGCAAGUAAAGUCUUGGACAGGCUCAAGCCAGUGAUUGGGGUGAAUACUGAUCCAGAACGGUCUGAGGGUCAUUUGUGUCUGCCUGUUCGAUAUACACAUUCCUUCCCAGAAGCCUUGCAGAAAUUCUAUCGUGGUGAGUUCAGGUGGCUGUGGAGGCAACGAAUCCGCUUGUACCUUGAAGGGACUGGAAUAAACCCUGUGCCUGUGGAUCUUCACGAACAGCAGCUGAGCUUGAAUCAACACAGUAGAGCUUUCAACAUUGAAAGAAUUGAUGAUGAACGGUCUGAGGCUUCAGGACCCCAACUAUUGCCAGUAAGAGCAUUAAAUGAAGUCUUCAUUGGGGAGAGUCUGUCAUCCAGAAUGUCUUAUUCUUGGGCUGUAGCAGUGGACAAUUUAAGAAGAAGUAUACCCACUCUAAAGGGACUGGCCUCCUACUAUGAGAUUUCAGUCGAUGAUGGUCCAUGGGAAAAACAGAAGAGUUCAGGGCUGAAUUUGUGUACCGGCACAGGAUCAAAGGCCUGGUCAUUCAAUAUUAAUAGGGUUGCAACUCAGGCUGUAGAAGAUGUAUUAAAUAUUGCAAAACGACAAGGAAAUUUGGAUCUUCCAUUGAACAAAGAAUUGGUAGAGAAAGUAACAAAUGAAUAUAAUGAAUCCUUGCUCUACAGUCCAGAAGAACCAAAAAUACUUUUCAGUAUUAGAGAACCAAUAGCAAACAGGGUUUUCUCGAGCAGCCGUCAGCGUUGUUUCUCCUCAAAGGUUUGUGUUCGUUCUCGUUGUUGGGAUGCCUGUAUGGUGGUGGACGGAGGAACUUCUUUUGAGUUUAAUGAUGGAGCAAUUGCUUCGAUGAUGAUCAAUAAAGAAGACGAACUUCGAACUGUGCUCCUAGAACAAUGAAAAACAAUGAACAGUCCUGCAGAAAGAGACUACUAGUGAGAGUCCUAGCCAGAGACUGGCCGUCAGCUCAAAGAGCAAAAGUGAGAUUUGUAUUAUUCUGUUGAAUGCUGAUGGAGAUGUUUAUUGUGUAAGAAAAUGGAGGCAGUGAAUGGAUUAGACUCAGUAGCAGUCCAGCUGUUACAUUGCUUACGUGUGGUACCCAAGAGUGUCGAGAUCUCUUAAAUUUAGGGCAGGCUUAAAUAAAGGAUUAAACAUUUAGGAUUUGACAUUUUACUGUCCAGGUGUUUUUUCCUUCCUCUUCACCCUUUGUGGAAUUGAUCACCUGAAAUGCUUAUAAUUUGACUAGUUCAUAUUUUUUAUAAUACGUAACAAUCAAGAUUUUAAAGUUUUGAUGAUGGAGAAUUUUGAUAUAAUGUGACAUUGACCUAAUUUAAAUAGGUAAAUGUGUUUUUAUAUGUGCUGAGAAUUUUUCUAAUUUCAGAAUAUACUGAUGUUGCUAUAAGUAUUGAUUUGAAAAUGUAAUCACUUUUGAAAUUGCAGAUGAACAUUUUCAUUUGAUUUUCAUUCUGGUGAAUUUGAACACUGCUGGGUAAAAUAAAUGUGUUUGACAAAAUACAAUGCUAUAAAUUAAUUACCCAGUUUUUAAAGGUCAGACAACUUUUACAAAUGACUGGAAUCAAAUAGUUUUUUUCUUCUUCAAAAUCCACUAACAUGGAUUCAAGGAUGAAUUAUUGUAAUUAGACUGAUUAGAAGCUUGUACGUUCUUUUGAAAUAUUUUCAGCUAGUUUUAGGAGUCAGAGAAUUUUUUUUUUUUCUUAGUGAAUUGCCCUACUUAAGAGUGGUGGUUUUCACUUAGCUCAUUCUAAAUUUUUACAAAAUAGCUUUGUAAGAUAAAAUGUAUGGCUUUCAUUUUUCCCCCAUUAUGAGCAUUCCUUUAUUUUUGGAGGAAAUUUUUUUUUAUUGAAUUUCUUACCUACUUAUAAGUAAUCCUAGAAUUUUCACAGAAAACUCCUACAAGUAUUGCUGCAUAAUGAAACAAUUGGUAUGCCUAUGCCGUGUAGUCAGUGGUAUGCUUUUUUCAUUUGCUGGUGAGAAGUUUGUUGAAUUUUUGACACAUUGCAUGAGGCAUUGAGCCAUGUAUUACAGUGUCCAGUUCUGGAUAUAUGUUAAUGAAAGAAACAGGCCAUCCUUAUAGAUUCUGAGCCCAAUUAGCUUAGAAGUAAAUUCUGUGAGCGCUAAAAUGUAUAGUCAAAUUGACUAUUCUAAUUUCCAACAUAACAUGUUGCUCAUAUGAAAAAGCCUUUAAAGUGAAUGCUAAUGUAGAGAGGCAAUCUAGGUUGAUGUAUAUCCAGACAAUGUUUUCUUAAUUAAAAGCAUCUGCAUAGAUACUCAUUGCAAAGCAUUUAUACAUGUUGCAUUGGAGAUAAAAACAGUGUUUUCCCAGAGUGGAUUCUGAUUUCUGGUUUGAUUUUUUUUUUUAAGUGGUAUAUAUAAGCUUCCCGUUUUUAAACAAAGAAAUUAAGUUUCCACACUAGAGACUGCCUUGGAAUACUUUUUUGGAAAAAAAAAAGUCGAUUCUACCUUGAAUAUCUCAAGGCAAUCUGAUAGUUCAAAUGCUGAUGUAACGUUGUUAAUAUGUAACAUAUUAAUAGGUAACCUGUGGUAAGUUUUCAUUGGCCAAAUUCUGAAGAGUUUGAAAAAUACUCAGUGUGUUCCAUUUGUAGUUUAAUUUCUGCUCUGCGGUGGGGAUUUAUUUGUAAGAGAGGAGUGGUAAAGGAUGUUAGAAUAGCAAAAAUGUUUUUAUGAAUGAGUUAACCUUUAUAAUGUAACACUAUGUGAAUAAAAUUAAAUCAUCAUUA